GACGCCAUGCAAUAACCGCUAAACCAACUUAAACAGUAGGAAACUGCCUUUCACACCUUCAAUGUACAUUUCCUACCACACAACAUUAGCUUAUAGCUUACAGUAUUAGCCUAGGCUAAAGCGCAAUUUAUCGUAAAGCUGCCAUUUUCACUUCUCCAAAUACUCAGCCUGAAAUUAGUACAAGUAUCACAAACGACCCUAUUCGCUCUGUGGAAGUGCACUACAUAGGGUACAACAACACCGCGUUGGCACCCUACAUAGCACCCUACCUUAUUGUGACCAUUCGGAAAGAAUUUGGAAUCCGCCUCUGGAAAGACCCUUAUGAAAGAUGAACUGUGUGAUGGACUGGUAGACGGAUUUAUCGUUAUGGACUGGAGAAUCGUUUUUACCAUUUCUGAGGUGUUUUUAAUUAUACGAUGUGCAUGUUCGAGUAAAUUGCCACCACCGCAACAUGUUAAAGUGGAAUCAUCAGUGUUGACCUGGAUUUAUGGAAAAGUCCAGGUGAACGUGACGUAUGCUGUGCAGUACAACACGACAUUGACCGACUGGCGCGAUGUGUACAGCGGCACUCAGCAGCAGUUCAACUUCACAGCUACUGCUGAGGAUUUCUAUGGGAAGAGAUUUCGUGUGCGAUCAGAGAGAGAGAACCAAACAUCGGACUGGGAGUUGUCAGAGCUAGUCCAGUGUGCACACCUUCACACAUGUGCUCCUAUACUCGAGGUCAAGGUGGAGACCGACAUGGUGCGCCUACGGGUGAAACACAGGGACCAGAGUCUGAGGGAGAAGAAAGGUGGACACCUCUCCCUCCAACUUCUGUACUGGAAAAGAAACCACACCAAUGAUGAGCUCCAGGAACUCCCUAUGGAUUCCACCCACAUCAUUGAAGACCUUGAUUCAGGAGAGGAAUACUGCUUCCAGGUCGAGUAUUUGGUUUUCUACAAACCCCAUGGAAAGCCCAGCCCUGAAAUAUGUGAAGUGAUCCCUGAAACAUCCAAAGAGCGAAACAUUCGUGUUGUCAUAAUAGGUGUGCUAACAGUAGCGGGAUUGGCUGUCCUGGGAGUUUGCCUGUACUUUCUUUACGUACAUCACAAAAGAAUUAAAGCACUGCUUCAGCCCCCUCUGGACAUCCCUGAGCACUUUGAAGAGUUUCUUUUCAGUGACUUCUCUCGGCUCCCAGCUUCUUAUCAUCCUGGCAGCCAAGCGACAGAGUCCUAUGAAUUUGUAUGCUCUGUGGUGGAGGUUGCAGAAGACAAAGGCGGACGCGACAUGGAAAAUGCAAACUCCGCAUAAUGUGUACACAGCGUCUUCUCCUGAGAAACUCGUGAGGAAUCUGAACACUGUCUUCUAAUACUUUAUACAUUGACUUGUUGCACUAUGGUCUGCUUGCUUACCUUCACGUUUGGUCUGUAGCUUUCAAAUGUAUGAAAAGUGUCCAUUUAAUCAGUUACACAUGAUUGUACAGCUAUUUGGAAAAUUGGAUCCUUCAGGAAGGACUACCAUGCUGUUCAAGGGUGCCAGCCUCAUGCCAUGGGGACUAAUUUACCAUUUGGGGUGGCUACAUUUUAGGUAAAUAAUAAUUAUAGAAAUGAAAUAAUCCUGAUGGAGCUGUGACUGUUAUUGACUGACUGGUAACUUUUAUUUUUUAAUUUUGUGUGUGUGUAUGGGGGGGGUUAUUAGGAGAUUAAAAGGUGCACUUUGACACUUUAAAUUUAAAUAAGAAUUGCUUUUGCAUGAUCAUUAUAUGCUGCAGUGUGGCACUAUUAUUCUGUGAACAGGACUAACUGUGGGCUUUUAACAUUGGACAGUGAGGCUCAUUUAUCAAGUUAGAUAUGAAUAAAUUCAUUCAUAAAUCAUUCAGACGAGUGUUUACACAAGAUAUUUGGGAUUCAUGAACAUCCUAUCAAUUCAGGAAAAAUGUUCAUAUCCUCCUCCUGCUUGUCUCCUACAUUUGUGGAGUUUUGUGAGUAUCUCUACAUGCAGAUGAGCUGCGACAGGAAUGUGCUUUGUGCCUUAUAGAUGAUCAGGAAACUCAUGGGUCCAAAAAAAUAAAAACACUGUUUCUCAAACUUGUGUAACACUAGUUGAAAAUGUUAGUUUGGUUUGUCUUGCACAAAUACACAUUUACAGUAAAAGAUUGGUAAAUGGGGCCCAGUGUCACAAAGCAUUAUAAGAUACGAUGCUGCACGUUGUCAUUACUUUUCUGCGAAUUCUUGAGUUGCACCACUGUAGCAUUAUGUUACUGAAUUGCUGAAGUUCAUAACUUUUACAGAUAAGCAGCAUGUGUUCCAGUUAUUCGGAAUGCAUAAAAUAACAGCCUUUUGACAAAAUGCAUAGCUGCCAACUACUACGAAUAAAUCGUAUUUAUUACGAUUUGUCGUUUUGAUUACGAAAAUACGAAUUUACUACAAUAAAAUACGAUUUUGCCAGUUUUCAUGGGUCAUUUUCCAAGUCUAUCACCGGUGGGAUUCGUAUUUGAACCCGCUCUGACCAAUCAGCGCAACAGUGACUGUGACGUAGUCAGAGCGACAGAAAGCAGUGGGGGAGGGUAAACUAUAGACUUUUUUUUUUUAAAUUUAUUUAAACCAUUUCAUUUACAAUAUACAGUACAUCAGACAAUAUUAUCAAACAUAUGAACAGAACAAACAAACAAGAAAUGCGGAUAUACAACGCCAGGGGUUACUGUAAACAAAACACACAAACUAUAAAUGGUGCAAAUGUGUAAAAAAAAAAAUAAAAAAUAUAUAUGUAUACACACGUAUAAAUUACAAAAAUACAUGAAAUUUGGAGCACAUACUUAAUGUUUUAAUGGCUUUCUUAUUGGGAGAGGUUGAUAUUGUUUUUAUGUAGAAUUCAAUUUCUUUUUUGAAUGUACAAAAAGAGGGUCUGAUUUUCAACACCUUAGAUUUAUGGAUAUAAAAUUUGGCCAGCAAUAUAAUGAGAUUAGCAAGAAAAAAUUCACUGUCCAAUUAGGGUAAACUAUAGACAUAUAAACGUAGACGUCGCAUUCUGCGUAGAAUCAUACAUCAUCCUCGCCGCCAUAUUGACUGCGUUUAACUGUACCAACAGGUUUACCGUCCAAACGAGAUCACAUGGGAUUACCUUUCACAGGUGAGACUGGAAAAAUACUUUUCAAUACUGUUCCUUCAGUUUCCCAGCUCAUCUCCACCGGGUAGGUGUAGAGUUAUAAGCAGUGAGAAUUAAAUAAUACAGUGCCACACUAUGAUGAACGUUUUUGAACGUAUGAUGAAUGUUUUUAACCUUUCUGAAUGUGAAGGAAUCAGUGAUGUAUUUUGUUUGGGUAUGACGUGAGAACCUGGCCGAACUCAGUUUGGCGGUCAUUCAGCUCACUUUGUGGCCUCAGGUUUUGGUAGCUUGCUACGGUAUGCUGACUGAUUAGCUUACCUGAGCUAUCUAUCGCGUAUCUGUCGCUAGUUUGCAGUGUACAGGGUAUUUCGCACACUAUUUAUAACCAUCACAUUAAAAGUUAUAUAUGUUGUUUUGAUGCCUGUUUGUUUCCCAAAUAUAUACGUGUGUCUUUUAAUGGGUGAAUAAAAGGCAUGGAGUUAAAUAUUAUUGUAGAAAGGGGCUUUAUGAAGUUCAGUCCAUUUACUUGCAUUGGUUUACGGGGAAGAUUUGCGACAUCCAAUAUGGCGGACACUCUGACGUAUCCCAGCAACGGGACACCAGCUCAAUGCGGCGUCUGUUUAUAUGUCUAUGGGGUAAACAAACAGCAUGUGGAGAGGGACACCACUGGAGCGUCGAGUGUUUUGGUGAAGAUUCAGCGAUCAUGGAAUGAGCGGAGAGCCUCUUCCUGCUCAUGUUUCAAUGAAAACUCCAAGUCUAAUUCUUCUAAAAUUGAUUCCAAAGCGGAGUCAAACGAGCGCUGUUCACUAGCGCUUUCUCCAGCGUCGCGCAGCCUUGUCGUCACUCCUGCAAAAGCCCGCCCAAAGAAUCCAAACAAAAGCCUUGCGUUGUGAUUGGCGGGCACGAUUUGAUGCCCGGGGUGUGUUGUUGAUUCUGUUCUUUUUGAUUUGUAGUCAUGUGAAGAAGCAAGUUGAAAUUGACACUUUUUUGAGCUGUUUCACUUUGUGCCAAGCAUGUUUUGAGGCAUUUUUAUGUUUGGUGUUGAUUACAAGAGGUUCCUUUUAUGUUUGAUUUGUGCCAAAUUGCUUUGAUUAUAUGUAUUCUAGUUCCAGGUAAAUUUGUUUCCAUUGUUGAAAAGAACUUUGCAAAUUAAUGUAAGAUGAUAGUUUAGUUUGUAGAAUAAAUUUUGUCAAACUGUUUUGUUUUAGUGUGAUUUUUCAGGGUAGUUUUGCUAGAAAGCUUUGUCGGUGGGGGGGCGAAGCCCCCCUGACCCCCCACCAAGACUCAGUACCCAACCUUGUAUUACUAUUUACAACUUCAGAAUGUUGGCAGCUAUGAAAAUGGUAUUAAAAGAAUUGGACUGUUUGUCCUGAUCUUCAUGUCACAAUACUCUAAAAAAAGAUUUGAUGUAGAAUCGGUCAUGGCCCAUCCUGAACCUGAGAAACUCCUGCUCAGUUUCCUGCAUUGUGUUUUUUUGAUGAAAUUUUAGUGACUGUGAUUUCCAGUGCUUGUCUCCUAUAGUGUAAUUUUUAUAACCAAUCCAGCCUUCAUGUAAAUCCUGUUAAAUGUGUGAAACAGUACAUGAAACAGUGUUGUUUUUUCUAGCAAGAAAGCCUUAAAUCAUUUUCUUAUUUUGAACAUGCAUUCAUUUUUGUUUAUAUUUUAUUGAGCAUCGUUUUACCUUGUGCUUUAUACACUCUCUACUUAGCAAUAAAUAUACUGUUCGUGGGUCAUAUUGACUUUGGGCUGAGACAGAAAAUAUUUGAAAUAACCACCUGUAAAUGUUUUUUUUGGCAAACAGUUAGGCAAAAAACUCUUCUCAUGCUUGGGGACACUCCUACGAGCAGAUGCCUGUUGUCAGUGCAAAAGAACAUGGAGGAAAGUUACAUAGUGAAUUUCUUUUCCCUCAGUUUUUUUUUUUUCUUAAAAAAAAAAGUACGUGUGUGUCUGUAGGCUUUAGUUUUCUCAAUCAAAACAACAAUUAUUUCCACAUACUUCAUUAUUGUGUAAAUUUUUGAGUUCCUGAGCUUUCUUUACAAUCUGUAUGACAAUUCAAACAAACCCAGGAACCGUUAUUUGCUUAUAAACUUGGUUGUGUUUCUUUAUGAUGUAGAUUAUCCUGCUUUUCACAUUCUACAAUGGAUUUUCACAUCUCUUCACAUUCUGUGAUUUAUCUUUGUACCCACAAAACGAGCAUCAGUUUCUUUUCUGCUUUAAAGAAUUGUGAACGUAUGUGUAAAAUCUUCCUCACACCUCUUUAUGCUAAAAUAAAGAUGGCUUAAUUAAAAAAAAAA